AUGAUGUCAUUUUUUGUGUUUUUGUUGCCUGGGGUGGAGGGUUUUUACAUGGGUUUGUUGGAACGUGGACGCAUUGAUCGCCAUUGUAGGGUGCAUGGGCAAAGUUCGGCGUCUAGCCCUAGCGUUAUUAGCGCGCCUAUCCUGCCGUCGAUGGACGAUAGUAACUUUAGUCUUUCAGUGAUAUUCAUUUCUGGGCUUUUGUUUUUUCUGAUUUUCUUGGGUAUGCUUAAGGGACUGCUGGGGUUGUGUUGCUGGGACAAGAUAGGUAUGUACGGUCUGGGCCUUUUGAUUGAACUGCCGCGACCUUUGAACCAAUACCAAGAGAAAGAACUUGAGAGAAGAUCGGUGGUGUAUGACAUCGGGGGAUGGCCGAUCCACCCCGACACACACGAACGAAGUGUCCGAGUUUUGCCGAAGAGAACCGAAUUUUGUUUAAAUCUGAUUUUCUUCCUGGCGUAUCCUUUGGCCGCAUGUGUGUACAUCUGCGCUUUUUGCUGCUGUAUUAAGAACUACAACAAGGUGCAAGACAGCAGUUGUUUCAAACACGUGGAUGUUAUCAGACUAAAUGAAUGUAAGAACGAGGGUCCUGGAAUUGAUAUCUACGUGAAUAAACAAAAAGAGGAACAAGACACGAAAUAUGUAAAAGAGACGAUGCGAAAGAGUCGAGAAUCGCUUCAGUAUAAUGUCAAAGUAAAGACAUGCAAAUGUCACUCCGAAACUAAUUAAAUUCGCUUCAUAAUGGGA